CUAAACCGCUUGACAAAUGCUCUCGGUCAAGAAUUGUUCUUUAUUCUUGUCAUCCGAAUGCGACGAGCGUACUUGCUGUAUUUUCAAUGUCGACAGGUGCGCGCGCGUGCGUUUGCGCAUGUGCGCGCCAAGGUGGGGGAGUGACUCGGGAGCCGCCCUCAUCUGGCCGACGUCACCGAGGAGGAGGGACGACUCUUAAAUGUGCCCAAAGGAAGCACCGCCGACCGCGAGAACACGCGGGCGACACUUGAGUAGAUUCUUCUUUUUUUUGUCUUUGCUGUGUGUGUGUGUGUGUAGCGGGCGGGGGCUAUGGGGGGGCGCCACCUGUGAGACCCUCCCUCAACCUUAGCCGACCUACCUAGCUACCGACCCAGCGGCUCGGACGCGCUUCCCAAGCCGGCCCGCAGUCACCGCCGCCCGGCUACACGUCGCCUCGUCGUAUCCCUCCACCGCCAAAGGCCGAGGAAGACGCGACCAUGAGUUCGGAGAAGAAAGUGGAGGACGAGGCGGUCCUGGACCGAGGGGCGUCUUUCGUCAAGCACGUGUGCGAUGAGGAGGAAGUGGAAGGUCACCACACGGUGUACAUCGGCGUGCACGUCCCCAAGAGUUACCACCGCCGCAGACGCCACCGCCGCAAGUCCGGCCACAAGGAAAGGCGCGAGCGCGCCGAUCACGGCGCCGAGGGCUACAAGUCGGACGGCGAAAACGCCGACGACGCCGCCGCCGGGCUCCUCAAGCCGCUCAUUUCCCCGGCGGAGAGGAUCCGCUUCAUCUUGGGCGAGGAAGAUGACGGCCGCCCUCCGCCUCAGCUCUUCACCGAGCUGGACGAGCUGCUGGCGGUGGACGGGCAGGAGAUGGAGUGGAAGGAGACCGCCAGAUGGAUCAAGUUUGAGGAGAAGGUGGAGAAGGGCGGCGAGCGCUGGAGCAAGCCCCACGUGGCCACGCUGUCGCUGCACAGCCUGAUGGAGCUCAAGGCCUGCAUCGAGAAGGGCACCAUCUUGCUGGACCUGGAGGCCUCCACCCUGCCGCAAGUCGUCGAGAUGCUGACGGACAGUCGCAUCGCGAGCGGGCAGCUGAAGGCGGAGCUGAAGGAGAGGGUGAUGUACACGCUGCUGCGCAGGCAUCGCCACCAGACCAAGAAGUCCAACCUGCGCUCGCUGGCCGACAUCGGCAAAAGCGUCUCCAGCGCCAGCAGGCUUUUCUCCAGCCAGGAGAACGCGCGCCACCUCGCCGAGCACCCGGUGCCUUGUUUCUCCCCGCACGAGGCGGAAGACCCCUGCGAGGUGCUGAGGAGCGCCAGCACGGGAUACCUCUGCAGCCCCGCCACGGCGCAUCGCACGCUCACCUCCCACAGCCUGAGCGACUUCUCGGACAAGCCGGAGAAGGAUCAGCUGAAGAACAAGUUCAUGAAGAAGCUUCCCCGCGACGCCGAGGCGUCCAACGUGCUGGUGGGCGAGGUGGACUUCCUGGAGACGCCCUUCGUGGCCUUCGUCCGCCUGCAGCACGCCGUCAUGCUGGGCGCGCUCACCGAGGUCCCAGUGCCCACCAGGUUCCUCUUUGUCUUGCUGGGCCCGAAAGGUCAAGCAAAGUCGUACCACGAGAUCGGAAGAGCCAUCGCCACUCUGAUGUCCGACGAGGUGUUCCACGACAUCGCCUACAAGGCCAAGCACCGGCAGGACCUGCUGGCCGGCAUCGAGGAGUUCCUGGACGAAGUCAUCGUGCUGCCCCCCGGCGAGUGGGACCCCGACAUCAGGAUAGAACCGCCAAAGACGCUGCCGUCGUCCGACAAGAGAAAGAACCAGUUUGCCGCCUUGGAGUCCCCGCCCAUGAACGGCGAGGCGCCCCACGACGCGGGUCCGGGCGGGGGCGGAGGUCACCGGGUCGGCGAGGAGCUGCAGUGCACCAGAAAGUUCUGCGGCGGCCUGGUGCUGGACGUGAAGCGCAAGUUGCCCUUCUUUGCCAGCGAUUUCUACGACGCGCUCCACAUUCAGUCGCUCUCCACCAUCUUGUUCAUCUACCUGGGCACGGUCACCAACGCCAUCACCUUCGGAGGGCUGCUGGGGGAUGCCACUGAAAGCAUGCAGGGUGUGUUGGAGAGCUUUUUGGGCACGGCUCUGACGGGCUCGGUGUUCUGCUUGCUGGCGGGUCAGCCCCUCACCAUCCUCAGCAGCACCGGACCCGUGCUGGUCUUCGAGCGGCUCCUCUUCAGCUUCAGCAAGGACAACGGCUUUGACUACCUGGAGUUCCGGCUGUGGAUCGGCUUGUGGUCGGGCGUCUUCUGCCUGCUGCUGGUGGCGACGGACGCCAGCUUCCUGGUGCAGUACUUCACGCGCUUCACCGAGGAGGGCUUCUCGGCGCUCAUCAGCUUCAUCUUCAUCUACGACGCCUUCAAGAAGAUGAUCAAGCUGGCGCACGGCAACCCCAUCAACGCGCGCUACCGGGCCGACCUGGUCACGCGCUACGACUGCAGCUGCGAGCCCGGCAACAGCACGUACUUGGAUGACGCGGCGGCCUGGACGAACGACUCCGCCCCGCCGCAGAACGCCACCUGGGCGUCGCUCAGCCGCAGCCAGUGCGUCGAGUACGGCGGCACGCUGGUGGGCGAGGCCUGCAACUACGUGCCGGACAUCACCCUCAUGUCCUUCAUCUUGUUCUUCGGCACCUACGCCUGCUCCACGGCCCUCAAGAAGUUCAAGACCAGCCGCUUCUUUCCCACCAAAGUCAGGAAGCUGAUCAGCGACUUUGCCAUCAUCAUGGCCAUCCUUCUCUUCUGCGGCGUGGACGCUCUGGUGGGCGUGGACACCCCCAAGCUCAUCGUGCCCAGUCAAUUCAAGCCCACCAGUCCGUCGCGCGGCUGGUUCAUCCCUCCCUUCGGGGCAAACCCCUGGUGGGUGUACCCGGCCGCCGCCCUCCCCGCCUUGUUGGUCACCAUCCUGAUCUUCAUGGACCAGCAGAUCACGGCGGUCAUCGUCAACAGGAAGGAGCACAAACUCAAGAAAGGCGCGGGGUACCACCUGGACCUGUUCUGGGUGGCGGUGCUGAUGAUGGUGUGCUCCUUCAUGGGCCUGCCGUGGUACGUGGCCGCCACCGUCAUCUCCAUCGCGCACAUCGACUCGCUCAAGAUGGAGACGGAGACGUCGGCGCCCGGAGAGCAGCCCAAGUUCCUGGGCGUCAGGGAGCAAAGAGUCACCGGGAUCAUCGUUUUCAUCCUGACAGGCCUGUCCGUCUUAAUGGCCCCUGUCCUCAAGUUCAUUCCCAUGCCGGUGCUGUACGGCGUCUUCCUCUACAUGGGCGUGGCCUCGCUCAACGGCGUCCAGUUCAUGGACCGUCUGCAGCUGCUGCUGAUGCCCGCCAAGCACCAGCCGGACCUGAUCUACCUGCGCCACGUGCCCCAGCGCCGCAUCCACCUGUUCACCUUCAUCCAGGCCUUGUGCCUGGCCCUCCUCUGGGUGCUCAAGUCCACCGUGGCCGCCAUCAUCUUCCCCGUCAUGAUCCUGGCGUUGGUGGCCGUGCGCAAGGCCAUGGACUACGUGUUCUCGCAGCACGACCUCAGCUACCUGGACGACGUCAUCCCCGAGAAGGACAAGAAGAAGAAGGAGGACGAGAAGAAGAAGCAGCAGCAGCACAAGAAGGGCAGCGUGGACUCGGAAAACGACUUUUCCGACUACCCCUACCAUGACAAUAUUCCCACUAUCAAAAUCUCCAUGGAUACGAUGGAGCGGGAACCCAUGUUGGGACACGAGUCUUUGGCUAGAGGCGCAUCGCAGCCUUGCCUCGGCGCGCAUUCGCCGUGCUGAGCGCCGCCCGGAGGAGUCGUCCGCGGAGGCCGACCUGGAGAGAGGCGCGUGGCCUCGCGUCCGGAUCCACGACGCUUUCUCCUGGAAAAAAUCCUCCCAAGCCGAUCUGUGAAACAACAUGAAGAGCAACUGAAUAUUUUUCUACUCUCCUUAGUGCUAUUUUUAAACGUUUCUCUAGAAUCGUAAGUGGAUGAUCUAUUUUUUUGGGGGGCGGGGGCAUUAUUGUUCAUGGGGGGGGGGGCUCAUGUGAUUUUGUUUUAAUGAUCAUUUGUGAAGUUUUCCUUCAUUUUACGUAUGAGAUAAUUUAUUCGCUUCAGAAUCACCAGCCUAGAUUGUUUAUGCUACCACACAAAGAAUGUUGUCUUCCUUUUCAAUGAAAUAUGUUUUCGAUUGUACUCGAGCAGCCUUUUUUAUUUGAUUUUUUUUUUUUUUUAAAUCGCAAUCAUCCAAUUGACCAAAAGUUCUCUGACUAAACAAGGUUCUUUUCGGGGUGGCGGUCGUGUAUAUUCUGGAGACAAGAUUUGGAUCACAUUUUCUUUCUCUCCCUUCUUGACUUCAUCGCUCCGCCUUGACUUUUGGGCGCUCUGCGACCUCUCCAAAAAUCUCGUGCUUAGUGGCUGAUUUCUUCCUGCGAAUGUAGUCCUACCUCAGAUUUCUCCGGAGGGUGCCGGACGGCUCUCAUCAUGUGCAAUUACACAUCUCGGUCAUCGAAAGGCCGAGUUUGGAUUUCGAUUCUUUUCCCAAAUCUUCCUUCCCGCUCUAAACUGGCUUCAAACGCAUUAUAUUUUCUUGUUGCCCCGCCCUCCUCCCCCGUUUUAAUAUUGAAUGUGAUUUGAUUUGGGUGAAACCGCAGAAAAAUAUUUGUCGUCAUGUCUGCAGUCUAGUGAACGUGACGCAAACAAGGCUGCUGUUCAAGCCGCUUUCAACACGAGACGAAAAUCAAAUCAAAGUCUUCCGUGUAAGUUUAUGUUUAGGGGGAGACGUUUAGGCAAUGAAAUGUGUGCACAAUGUGUGGACUGAAUGAGAACCGAAAUAAUCCAGACAGAAGAAAUGUGUUUUUAUUCAUGGGUUUGCGUUUUUGAAUGACAAAUAAAAUGAUGCGUUUGAAAUGA